AUGGGCCUACCAUCUAUCAAGAACAUCCGCAAGGCGGCCUACCCAACCAUCGAUCCUAAGCGAUCAGAGAACAGCCAGGCCGGCCGAACUGUCCCCAUCACCGGCGGCCAUUCGGGUAUUGGAUAUGCCAUUAGCAAAGCCUUCAUUUUAGCAAAUGCUAAGCGGAUUAUCAUCUUCGGCCGCAGAGCCGAUGUUUUGGAAUCGGCCGGUAAACAGCUGACAGCAGAGGCCAAAGAACUCGGAUCACCCACCAUUGUAGAUACUGGCAGUGGUGACAUUGCUGAGACCGCCUCGGUCAAAAAGCUGUUUUCUGGGUUGAAAGAAGAUGGUAUUACCCUUGAUGUCUUGGUUCUUAACGCGGCAACUGGAGGAACGUCAAAAAAGAUGGUCGACAUGCCUUUGGACGAAUUUUGGGGCGACUAUCAUAUCAACGUCCGCUCUACCUUUGACCUGAUUCAACACUUUUAUCAUCAAAAGUCUGGAGGUCCAAAAUAUGUUGUCAAUCUUUCCACUCUAAUCGCAUAUGUCUGGCAUUUGUCAGGCAAGCCGUCGUACGGAUUGACCAAAAACGCUAGUCUGGAACACGAGGCGGAAGAAAUGCAAAUCGUUACCUUUCAUCCAGGUGCUGUUCUCACGCCCAUGAGUCGCGCAGAUGGAUUCGAUGAGAACUCUCUGAUUAACUGGGAUAAUGAAAACUUGCCUGCUGCCCUAAGUGUCUGGGCCGCCACUCCUGACGCUGCCUUCCUGCACGGCCGCUUCAUCUGGAGUAACUGGGAUGUUGACGAGCUUAGAAGUGGCGAGGCAGCUAAAUUGAUUGACAGCGAUCCCAACUAUUUGAGGAUUGGUGUCAGUGGUCUCACAGAGAAAGAUGCGAGACACUCUGUCUCCCCCAAAAUCUCAUUGGUGUUUCUAAAGAAGCUCCUACGCGCCCUCAUGGACCUUUCGAUUACUUAUUGGAUAGAUUAA